ACUGUGUUGUUAAAGACUGAUUUUACUUUAUUAUUUGUGAAAUUGGGAAAUCAGCUCCGCCUCUGUGCUAGGAGUACAACUCAAUUAAAAUCCCUCUCAAGUGAACAAAAAUCUCAACUCCUCUGGGUUAGAGGUCAUGUUUUCUUCUCCACCAUCAGCUUGCUCUCAGCUUCAUUUGACUGCAAAUGUUCCUCACAUCUCAGCAAACAAUGGAAUGGAUGACUGUGAAAUGUCAACACUACAGCUUGAUUCAGAAUGCUCAACAACCCAUCAAUGUUGAAGCAUCAGAAGAUCCAUGAGCAGAGGCUUAAUUAUGUAUUGGUACCACCGUUUCAAGAAGGAAUUUUGAACUGGAAACUUUUGAGGUAAGCUUGUUGGAAUUUUUAUGUUUCCUCCCAAAUUUGUCAAUGCCUUAGUUUGAGAUAUCUGUUGUUCUAGUCUAGUACUAAAAAUAUAGUAGGUCGGACUGGACCUUGUGGAGGAACCCAUUCUGCUUAUAUGUGGGCUGGAUAACGGGUACAGAGUGCAGACACUCCUAAGGAAGGGAGAGGAAAAAUUAAGAAACUUCAGUGAAGGUCAUGAAACUUUGGCUCGGUCUCAUUCAUUAGCCAGACUUAACUAGGCCGCCUUUUUAGUCCUUCUGUUAUAAAGUUUAUAUAUAGAG